UCCUGCUGGUGUUUGUUUCCGCCGGACUCAUUUCGCGGUGACGCAGAGCCGUAAUGGCGGCCGUGUGCAGAAUGCUGCGACAGGUUUCUCGUGCGCGCGCCGCUGUCAGACUGCUGUGUUCGCGCGCAGCGGCUACAGAAACUCUUCAGGAUGGAAACAGAAACUCUUUUCAGCCCCUGCAGAGUUUCUCAGAGGAGGAGAGCAUGAUGAGGGAGACGGUCAGGAGGUUCGCGCAGGAGUGUGUGUCGCCGCUGGUGUCCAAGAUGGAUGAGGAGUCUGUGAUGGACGCUGGAGUGAUCAGAGCUCUGUUUGAGCAAGGACUGAUGGGUAUGGAGAUCGGCAGUGAGUACGGUGGAUCAGGCUGCAGCUUCUUCUCCUCAGUGCUGGUGAUCGAGGAGCUGGCGAAGGUGGACGCGUCGGUGGCGGUGCUGUGCGACAUCCAGAACACGCUAAUCAACACGCUAAUGAUGCAGCUGGGCACACACACACAGAAGGAGAAAUACCUGCCCCGACUGGCCAGCGACAUGGUGGGCAGUUUCUGCCUGUCGGAGGCCGAGGCGGGCAGCGAUGCGUUCUCUCUCAGGACUCAAGCGCAGAAACACAAGGACUACUUCAUCAUCAACGGCUCCAAGAUGUGGAUCAGCAACGCAGAGCAUGCAGGAGUGUUCCUGGUGAUGGCCAACGCGGAGCCGGCGGCGGGCUACAGGGGCAUCACCUGCUUCAUUGUGGACCGGGACACUGAGGGUCUCCAUAUCGGCCGCAAGGAGAACAAACUGGGGCUCAGAGCCUCGUCCACCUGCCCUCUGACCUUCGACAACAUGAAGGUUCCUGAGGAGUGUGUGCUGGGGAAGGUGGGCCAGGGCUACAAAUACGCCAUCGGGAUGCUGAACGGAGGCCGGAUCGGGAUCGCAGCGCAGAUGCUGGGUCUGGCUCAGGGUUGUUUCGAUCAGACCGUCCCGUACACCAGGCAGAGGGUUCAGUUCGGCAAACGCAUCUUUGACUUCCAGGGCAUGCAGCAUCAGAUCGCUCAUGUGGCGACGCAGCUGGAGGCGGCACGGCUGCUGACGUAUAACGCAGCGCGGCUGAAGGAGGCGGGACGACCCUACAUUAAAGAGGCCUGCAUGGCCAAAUACUACAGCGCUGAGGUGGCCUCUCUCACCACCUCUAAGUGUCUGGAGUGGAUGGGCGGUGUGGGCUUCACUAAAGACUACCCCAUUGAGAAAUACUACAGAGACUGUAAGAUCGGAACCAUCUAUGAGGGAACCACCAACAUCCAGCUGAGCACCAUGGCCAAGAUGAUCGACCAGGAGUACGGCGGAUAACCCAGAUCUGCUGUUUACUUCACACACACACACUCAUGAUCACAGUGUCAACACACUCAUCAGUGUACUUCUGUAUUUAUGCACUUUACCAUGUUCCUCCUGGCGUUCAUUACGCUGCUCUCUCUCUGUGUGUGUGUGUGUGUGUGUGUGUGUGUGUAUAGUGUCACAGCAGGUCUCUGAAUCAUGUUAACACUAGAUGUGGGUUUAAAUUAGUUCCUGAUGGAGCCUGUGCCUUACAGAUGACGUGUGUGUGUGUGUGUGUGUGUGUGUGUGUGUGUGCGCUGUUAACAGCAGGGGGCAGCAGAGGAUCAUGAGAGUUCUUGUUCUCCUACUGCAGGAGUCACUCUGUUCCCGGAGGGUCGCAGCCCUGUCCUGCUUCAGCACACUCACCUGCAGGUCUCCAACAAGCCUGGAGGACUCCAUUAGUCUGAUCAGGAGUGUUUAAUCAGGGUUAAAGCUGAACUGUGCAGAGCUGCGGUCCUCCAGGAGCUGAGUGUGACACCUGUGCUCCUGUAUCUCUCCUCCUUCUGUUGUUCUGCUCAGCGUCUGCGUUUGAUUCAUGUUUAAUAAAGUUCUUACUGAUAUCAGUGUGGAGUCUGCGCGGAUGAGCUACUCUUGCAGUGUUUGCAAAUAAACACAGAUGAGCAGCGAGUGACGCUCACAUCACAGCAGAGCUCAGGACAUGUGUGAGAGCGCUGUGUUAUCAUCAAUGUCUCUAUUACACUGUAGACUUCUGUCCUGAAAUAAAUAUAAUGUAACGGC